AGUACAAUAUCGUCUGCAUAUACACAGCAGACUAUACAAAUAUAACAUUAAACAUGGCAGAAAAAGACAUAGAAAAACUCCUUACCUCAAAAGAGGUUGUUGAAAAAAAAGUGAGAACGAAGUGGUCUCCAGACGAGGAGACGAGACUGAUUUCGGCCGUCCUUGAUCGGGAGGAUGCCCUAUUCGGCGAUUUUAAGGGCACCGGGGCGAAAUCUGGUCAGGCGAAGCGGAGGCAGGGCUGGGAGGAAGUCGCAGAUGUGUUGAAUGCACAAUUCACUAACAGCAAGAGAACACCAGAGGAGUGCAGAAAAAAGUAUAACAAUGCGAAACAAAGGACCAAAGAAAAAAUAGAUUUCCUGAAGAAAGAAUGUAGAAAAACAGGUGGCGGACAGGGGGCUGAAGUGGAACUCUCAGAGGCAGAGGAGGUACUCCUGCAGAGACAGGAUGGUAGGCCCAGCAUCUUUGGCCUAGAGGCAGGAUUUGACAGUGACAUUGUAGUUUUAACUACCGAUAAAGAGUGCGAGAAAAGUCAGACUGUUGCUU